CAGGAGUCUGGGACAUGACCAGCUUCGAGCCCAUCCCCGUGACCGAAGCGAAUCCCGUGGAGAUCCCAAAGUACAAGCGCUGGAUGGACGGGCGCCAGUUCGCCCAGGCCGCCCGGCGGCUGCGGCCGCAGUGCUCCGACGAGACUGCCGAGAUCCUGUUCAUGACCCUCGCGCAGGGGAACGGGGGCUUUAUCCAGAAGGACAACGUUGAGGGGUACCUCUCGUCUUGGGGGAAAACCAACUUCAACUCCGGCGCCUUCCAAGGCACGAUGCUUGGGGCCAAGGUGAACAUGAUGUUCGCCUACUGGUUCCUUUAUGUGUUCGCCCCGUUCUGCUCGUAUUUUUUCUUCCUGCGGGCGCCGCUGCUGCAGUUCCUGGGCCUCGACCUGCUCCCGGGCACGCCGAAGUUCUGGGAGCGCGCGCCGCCCUCGGAGCUCGGCCGCAUUAAGCUCGAUUGCCACGGGUGGAUCAGUGAUUGUACCCUCUUCGAUUGCCGCGGGUGGAUCAGUGACGUUGAUGCCCUCGAUUGCCUCGGGUGGAUCGGCCACCACACCCUCGGUUUCGAGAUCGACGUCCGCACCUCCCGCCUCGACGGCACGGCCAACGACGCGGAUGCCGCCCGGGCCAUCCUUGAGCAGCUGGCGCGCGACGUCGGAGCCAACCUCGCUGACCUCGGCCUCGCUGAGGGUCUCACCAAGCUGGCAGCCGCCGUGGAGGAGAAGCGGGUGGCGGGGCAAGCCAGUGCCGCUGCUCUUGCUACUGAGCCUGACGCAGCUGAUCGAGGCCAGCCCGCCGGAGAAGGGAUGGCAGUGGACGACGAGCUCCCAGAACUCACAGAGGAGGAGCUGGAGUGGCUCCGAGGCGGUAUGGCCGAGGGUGACGUUUUCCUGUAUUUGAUUUUGAAUGGCCACGAGCUGGGCUUCGGAGAGUCGCUGUUGAGGAACGGUGUCGCCCAGUACAUGCAGGAGCAUGGCCUGCGCCCAGGCACAGUGGAAACGCCCGGCCAGAGGCGGUGGGCAGGCUUCGCGGCGGUGCUGCAGGAUCCAGCUUUGAGGCCGCUGCUGUGGCGGCGAGGCCAGAGCAGGCAGGCCCAGAAAGGUUCGAUCGAGAUCUGGACCUUCAACGGCUCGGGAUGGGGCACCCACCGAGCCAGCGAGGCGGUGCUGCUACGCGCUGCAGGAGACCAAGCUGCGUACGGAGGCGCUCCCCCUGGUUCAGGCGUCCCUCCAGAAGACGCGCUGGAGGUUGGCCGCGUGGUCACGACUGACGGGGGCCAGGCAGUCGCGGCCAUGGGCCGAGGGCUCAUCGUGGCCAGCUUCUACUUUUGGACAGGCGAGGGCUUGAGCGAUCGCAACGAGCAUUUGCUGGGCCACGCCCUGGGGAGGUUACGCAUAACGGGGUUCCCAUGUGUAGUCGGCGGAGACUUCCAGCUGACGCCGCAGGAAUUCCAGCGCAGCCCGAGCAUGCAGCUUUCGGAAGCGAUUAUCGCCUACCCGUCGACGUCUUUGGGGACAUGCAGGAGCGGCUCUGGUGGGCGCACCAUUGAUUACAUCUCGGUGGACCCCGCGCUCGAGAAGACGCUCGACGGCGUCUGGGUUGACGAGGAGUGGCCCGCCGCGCCGCACAAGCCAGUCGGCCUGCGGGUGAGCAUGGUGGCCACCAAGGCCUGGGAGGAGGUCAUGUCCCGAAUGGAGCAGGAGGCCUGCGGCCUGCGCGGCGUGGAGUGGUCGCCGCACGCACCAGAGGCCUCGGGGCGGCAUUGGCGCUGGGUGGACCGCGCCCUGGAGACCCUCCGCGCGUGCCAUGCCAAAGGGGGGCCGCAGCACGGGCGCUGGGAGCUGGAGCGGCUCCUUUCCGAGAAGGCGAGGAGGCGCUUAGGGGGGCUGGGCAUCCUGGAGGAGACGAGGCGGGGCCGCAUGCGAGCCUUGGGCGAAGGGCGUCUGCGUCCUGCCGCGGUGGCAGCUUACCGAGCGGUUGGAGUGCCAUCUCGGCUAGGCGCACCGUGCGACGAGCUGCAGGGCGAGGAGACGACGUUGUCGGAGCGGGCCGCGGAUGCCAGAGCGCGCGCGGGCGAGGCCGAGAAGCAGAUCCGCGUCCACGGAGCCGCCGGCGGGCUGCACUGCUUCUACAAGCCAGCCUCGCUCUGGCAGCCCAGGCGCGCCGCGGAGCCUGAGGUGUCGGCCGCCCCAGAACGGGCGGCAGCGGCGACCUUGGCGACGCGGGCCAAGGCGUGGCAGGUCGGCCAGACAGCGCAGCAGGAGGAGAGGCAGCGCGCGGGCAUCGGCGCCGACCGCUGGCAUCCGUCCAUCCUCGACGGCAUUUCCGACGCGGGCGCCCAGGCGAUCGCCGACGUAAUUUCGGGGGUCGAGCGCGCGCUUGCGCGGCCGAGGCAGGCGGGGCGCAUCGCGGUCUUCUUCAUCCCGAAGUCGGCCGCCAAGGACAGGGCGAUCGGUUUGCUUUCCACUCUGUCGCGCAGCUGGGAGAGGUCGCGGGCCCCCAUGCCUCCAGAGGCGGCCGACCCCGCGGCGGGCGGCUGGGGCGACGGGGCGUUGACCGCGGUUAUCAUGGACUUGGCCAAGGCCUUCGAGAAGGUCCCCUUGGUGAAGAUGUGGCAGGCUGGCCUGCUCUGGGGCUCCCCGACUGCCAUCUUGGCGGUCGUGGUGUUUAUCUUCGCCAUGGCGCGAACCUCGAUUGUCGAGGGGUGCUUCUCAGAGGAGGUGACCGCCCGGGCGGCCAUUGUGGCGGGCAGCAAGUUCUCGGCAGCGUUGCUGCGCAUGCCGCUGAUGCGUGGCAUGGGCCAGUUGGUGUUGCACUACCCCCACGCCAAUGGGAAGUUGCACGUGGACGACCUUUGCGGCCAGCAGCGGGCGGCACAUGGCAAGCUAGUGACUGGCGCGGCGGAGGUGGUCGAUGCCGCGGCGAAGGGAUUCCGCCGGGUGGACCUGGAAUUCUCCACGGGCAAGCGCGGCAUCAAGGUGCAGUCCACGGGCGUGCGCCUCGGGGUCGACAUGCCGAUGGCGCGCCGUUCGGCCAAACGCAAGCGGCAGCAGAGGGUCGAGGCGCUGCGAGCCCGCGCCGCACGGCUGGCGGGGCUGCGGCGGCAGGGCCGGCGCAUGGCGAAUGGCCUCAAGCCGUCAUGCACCUGCGGCGUCAAGUGCCCGGGCCUUUCCGAUACCCAUUUGCUGCAGCUCAGGAGGUCGGCGGCCAGGGCGGUCCGCGGCAAGGUCGGAGGCGCCUCGCCGACGCUGGCGCUGGCCUCGGACGGGGGGCAUGGCGACCCGAUCUGCGAGGUGACUGCGGCGCCGAUCGCGGCCUGGGCAACGGCCGUUCGGGGGGCGACCGUCGAGUCUACGAGCUCGUCCAAGGCGCGGCGCCGGCAGCAGCGCAAGGUGAGCAUGACAGGUGGGCGGAGAGAGAGCCGCGGGUCCGCUGGGGAGUGCAGUAUGUCGAUGAGGCGGGCGGGGUGGACCCGGCCAGCCUGGGGCGUCAUCCGCGCGCGCUCGCGCCUCGACCUGCGCCUCGACAAGGCGUGCCCGAUGGGCGCCCAGGCCAUGUCCAAGCUCGACCUGGAGCACGAGACGCGGGCCGCUCGCACCCAGGAGGAUGACCUGGAGAGCGUCGCCCCUAGGCCGUUGAUCGCGCCGAUCGCGGCCAAGUUGAGGCGGGGGCUCGAGGGGGAUUGGGGGCCGCGCGCAGCCAGAGCGGCGAGGCAGGCGGUGGUCCGCGGCCCCUGGGCGCAGGACGAGUGGUACAAGAUAGGCAAGGCCUCGGACCCGACGCGCCAGGCCUGCGGCCUUGAGCGGGGCACGGCCAAACACCGUUACUUCAAGUGCAGCUGGCCCCGGCAGCGUCGCUUCGAGGAGCGCGUCCUGCGGCGCGUCGCGCAGCAGGCAGCAGGCGACCCCCCGCGCCCGUCCGACGGGCAGGCGCCGCCGGCGCCCGAGGAGGCCGACGCGCAGGUAAGAGAGGCUAGUGGAGGCGAGGACCCCUGGCCAGACGAGGAGGAGGGCGUCCUCGGCUUCGGAGGCGGGUUCAGAGAGCCUGAGGACGAGCUUCAGACAGCAGAGGAUGGCGGGAGCGGUUUCAGCGCGCCCGAGGACGAGCCAGAGGGCGGCGGCAGCGGCAGCAGCCAAGCAGCGAGGUACUUGAGGAAUUUCAAAGUACCUCUGGUUACUGGGCCGCCCGGCCGGCCCACCGGCGCCCUCGCUGGAGCCCUUCGCCGGAGUCCAGGGCGGCGCUGCUCGGGCGUCUGGGACAGCGCAGGCCGGGCGGCAAUGGCGGUCGACGCCGGGGGCAGGGCCACCGUGCAGGCCCGGGGCCCCUUGCCCGUCGUCCUGCCGACCCAACGCACCAUCGAGCGCGCGGAGCUCUGGGGCUUCCUUCAGGUGCUGAGGCACAUCAAAACGGAGACAAUGGGCGCUAGCGAGCCGUGCAUGAUCUAUACGGAUCACCUGGCCAUCGUGUCGGGGCAGCACCGUGGCCAGGCGUGGUGCUGCAGCGGCAAGCGCGCGCCGACGUCUGGAGGCAGAUUUGGUUUUGCGUCGAAGAUCGCGACGUGCCCGUGGAUGCGGAGGGUGGCCCUUCGGAACCAGGAGGUUGACCGCUUGGCGAAGCAGGCCGCAGAGCUCGACGCAGGCUUCGGCCAGGACCAAGCGAUCAAGGAGGCCGGUCAGAAGGUGGCGCGGGCGCCCCACAACAUAGGCCGGUGGCGCGAACGGGUCGACGAGUGGAACGACAUGCAGCCGACGCCGGCAGAGAGGCCGCUUCCCAGGAAGGUGCGCGCCAACAGUCGCCCCCUCGAUCUGGCCCAGCACGACCUCGAGGAUGACGGCAGGGGCAUGUGCUGCAGGGCUUGCACGCGGCAGGCCGUCGCUGUUUCGGCGCGCUGGAGCUUGUUGGCAAGCCCGCGCGUGCCCGAGCCGAGGAGGAGAGUGGGCGCGCCCGCGGCUGACCCCAGAGAGAUCGCGACCCUCGGGCGCCAGGCGGCCUGGGCGGGGCCGGGUGGCCAGCCUGACGGCGGGCUGCAGCGGCGACGAGCGAAGGGCAGCGAGGGCCGACGCGAGGGCGGCGCUCGCAGGGCCCUCGCGCGGUUCUGGGGCAGCAGCCGCGGCGAGGGGCGACAGCAAGAAGAUCGCGCACCUGCUCCGUGCGGCCACGGGCCCGGCGCGAGAAAGCAGGGCGGCAGGAGACAGAGGAGGAGCUUCGAAGAGGCGCCCCAUGUCGAGGCGCUUGCCCCGGGCCAGGCCGACCCUGAAGACGGCGGGGCCUGUUCCAGAGUGGCCGAGGAGACGCCUGCGCGGCGAGUGGGGGCAGCGGCCGCCGCCGAGACAGGCUGGCGCGCCCUGGAAGCCAAGCCGGCGGCGCUGCCGCACCGCGCGGCCAAAGCUAGCGCCCUCGGCGCGGGCGAGAAGCUCCGCGCUGUCCGCGAGGCCCCUGCCCUGAUGGUGCUGAAGGGGGAGAGGACUCUCCUGCAGCACGCGCGCCCGUCGGAGCCGGUCAGGAGGGGCCGCUCUCGGCGGCUCGGCAAGUUCUGGAAGUUCGGGCGAAGCCACGUUCUCUCCUUGGGCAACCUGAAGCUCUGCGGCGACUCGCGGUGCGGCUACGCCGACCUCUUUUUCCUCGCCGGCGUGCUGGUGAACUCGGGGGCCAAGCUGCUGGCGGCAUCAGAGGACCACGACAUCCAGCGGCUCGGGAAGCCCAGCCUGCCUCGCCCCCGCCGCGCCCUCAGGGCCCGGGGCCGAGAAGGACCAGUCAGGUCGCUCGGGCCGUCGGCGGGCAUCCUCAGCGUGCUCUGCGCCCGCGGCCAGCGCGGGGAGGCGCUGGUGCUCGCCCUGAUGUUCUGCCGCCACCUGAGGCCGCCCAAUUUGAUCUCGAUCCCUGCUGCUCCUCCUGCGCGAGCGCCGCCUCCAGCAGCCUGCCGCGCCGGGGGCCUGGGCUCGCUCAGACUGGUGAUGAGCCAGCUGCGACGCGGCGGGGCGUCGGGGGGCCUCCCGAAGGAGGCCAGGGAGACUCUGGCGUUCGCGCAAAGAGCCAGGGGGGCCAACGUCCGCUCGCCGCUCUGCUACAUGAAGGCCGGCCGCGCGCAGCUUCUGCACGAGGCGCCCCCGCCCGAGGGCGACAGCUGGCGCUAG